UCACCGAACUGAAGCAGCAGCAGCUUUAGAGUUCGGAGUUCGAACUGUUGAGUGACCACGAGAACAAGAAGAAGAAGAAACAAAAAGCCAAGGGCUAGCUCUACCACACCCUUGUUCAGUUGUUCACCAGAUGGGCACUGAUUCUUUUGAAAGGGAUCGACACGACGUCGAUAUAGGAGGUGUUCCAUAUGUGGUAAUGGUGGAGAACCUUGAGAAGGGGAUAUCACCGUUUAUAAUUAUGGAAUUCAUCCAUCAGCAAGUUUCAAUCUCAUGUCAAGUACUUGUUUCUCCAAGUUUGUCGCGUGAGGCAUAUUCAAGAGCAACCGUCACUGUGAGCAGCAAAAAGAAUCAGGACAAGUUGUCUGAGUUUUUGGAGAAUCCAAAUCACUGCAUCGUUUCCUCAGGCGGAAGGCCUUGGGUACUUACUGAGAAAUGGCCAGCACAUGAUAUUCCAUUGGCUUCAAUUCAAGCCCUCAUGGCUAACUAGCAGACUAUGUUACAGGGUAGAGAAACUGAAACUAGCAAUGAAUUGAAGGUUGUCCUCUCUGGAACUGAAGAAUACAACACAGCUAUGCUGCUGAAGGAUUUAUUCUGGGAAUUUAUUAAUCAUCAAGCUCGACUUCACCAGAGGUUACGUGCUGAAGAGGCAAAGAUC